CAGCCUCUUUGUCUCUCGGUUCUAACAGCAAUCGGUAUUCUUUUCAAUAUCCCCGACCCUCACUCACCGCUCGCAAUGAAACCGUUGUAAUCCACCCUGUUAAUUGUCUUUCUUUUUUUUUUUCUUGGUUUCACACUUUACUUACUGCAAAGUGAGCGCAGAGAAGAGGAAAACGCGGGAAAUACUCUUCAUCUGCAAGUUUUCGUGUGUGUGCCGCACUGGAGGGGAGGAAGAGAUGGCAGCCCCGGUGAAAGCAGCCCUGGCUCUCCUGAUUUUCACCGUGACAACUAUCCUGUGUGCGGAGGUAGAGGAACGGUUGGUGAAUCACCUGUUGUCACCAGAGCGCUACAACAAACUCAUCAGGCCAGCUAUCAACACCAGCCAGCAGGUCACCAUUUACAUCCAGGUGUCUCUAGCCCAGCUGAUCAAUGUGAAUGAGAGGGAGCAGAUCAUGACCACCAACUGUUGGCUCACCCAGGGUUGGAAUGACUACAGAUUAAUGUGGGAUCCUGAAGAGUACGAGGGAAUCAAGAAAAUCCGACUCCCGUCACAACACAUCUGGUUGCCUGACAUUGUCCUUUACAACAAUGCUGAUGGGACAUAUGAAGUCUCCUUCUACUCCAACGCUCUGGUCUCCAAUAAUGGUGAAGUGGCCUGGCUCCCACCAGCGAUCUACAAGUCGGCCUGUAAAAUCGAAGUGCGUGAUUUUCCCUUUGACCAGCAGAACUGCACUCUCAAGUUUCGCUCUUGGACCUACGACCACACGGAGAUCGAUCUCAUCCUCCUCAGUGAUUACGCCUCACGCGAUGACUUCAAGCCUAGUGGCGAGUGGGAUAUUGUUUCACUGCCUGGACGCAAGAAUGAAGACCCUAACGAUAUCAGAUACCUGGAUAUUACUUAUGAUUUUAUUAUCAAGAGAAAACCUCUCUUCUACACCAUCAACCUGAUCAUUCCCUGCAUCCUGAUCACGUCGCUGGCUAUUCUUGUCUUCUACCUCCCAUCAGACUGUGGUGAGAAGAUGACUCUUUGUAUCUCAGUCCUCCUGGCCCUUACUGUGUUUUUACUCCUUAUCUCAAAGAUUGUGCCACCUACGUCUCUAGCAGUGCCUCUGAUUGGGAAGUACCUAAUGUUUACAAUGGUGCUGGUCACCUUCUCUAUUGUCACCAGCGUUUGCGUGCUCAACGUGCACCAUCGGUCACCCAGUACGCACACCAUGCCUCCAUGGGUCAAGCGUGUCUUUCUGUACCGGCUCCCCUCUUUCCUCUUCAUGCGGAGACCAGGAAGUUCCAACAUCCGUGAACGGUUCCGGAAAAAACACCAGAAGCAGAAGUACUCUGACCGGAAGCAGUGUGGAACAGAAGUUGGAGGUGGAAGCUCUGUGGGAAUGGCUGAUUCCUCCUCAUCCUUCUUUGUCAAUGAGGAGUCAGCCAAGCGCUAUGGCUGGAGGGUCAGUGACUGCUCAGAGAACACAGAGUUCAGGAAGAGGAUGACGCUCAAGAGCAACAUUGACGUGGAGGAUGCAGUGGAUGGAGUACGUUAUAUUGCGGAGAAGAUGAAGAGUGAGGAUGAUGAUGAAGGGAUCAUUGAAGACUGGAAAUACGUGGCGAUGGUUAUCGACCGUCUUUUCCUGUGGAUCUUUGUGUUUGUGUGUGUAGUUGGGACGAUGGGGCUCUUCAUGCAACCUCUUUUUCAGAGUUAUAACACCCCCAUUGUUGAGGACAUGGAUCAUAAAUCUGAAACUUGAUGUGACUCAGAAGUGACUUUUUAUUUCCCGAAGCAGAUUUUAACACAUAAAGUCAUAUGUCCGCCUCUCACCUCACUCUGACUGGGAAAGGACGCAUUUUAGCCUUUCCAUUUCCUCCUCCCCUUCCCUGCUCUGCCUUUUGAACCUUACACAUACCCCCGCAGUCCUAUAAUCAACUCAUCUGCCAUUCACACAGGGGCUGUGAUUGUUUUAUUUCAGAGGAUCUGCCACCCCAAGCUUUAUAACAGAAAAAAAUUAAGAAAAAAACAUAACCCAAGGUGUUUUUUUGUGUUUUUAUCUGUCACAAUAUUUACUUCAAUACCUUUAUCUAAAAGGUUGGGAUGCUAUGCAAAAUGUGGUUGUAUUCUCAUUUCGGAGAGCCAGCACAAGUCUGGGUGUAGCCUCUUGUAUCAGCCACACUUUCACUAAUCCCUAUAAACAAACGACAGCCAUGGCUGUAGCAGUGCAAUGGCUCGUGCGUGAACCACCAGGCAGCAUACCAUUCAGUAAAACAAGGCAACAGCCUUUAUAUCUUUACCUGCAGCAUCACUUUGCUUUAAGAAUGUGAG